GAACGCGAGCGACGUAAAUGUCGGGGCCAAUUCGACGAAAAGUAUUUUUGAAGAAAUUUGUCACAAAAACGAACGUCAAAUAUCUCUUUCUUUCGAGAGGAUUUUCAGUGGGAUUUGUCACAAAAUAACUUGGCAUAAGAACGAAGACUUUACUGCUGAUCACGCCAAACAAUGGAGGGCAACUACCCGCCCGGCUUUUACCUCCCGGACAGAGACCAACAAGAAAACAGACAUCAUGCUUCGCAACAACAGCAGCCACCACCUCCACCACAGCAGCAACAUGUUGCUCACUUUCCCAUGGACAUCCCGAUACCAUACCACACCUCAUCGCAGCAUCAGCCUGAAUUUGUCGAUCAUCAGCCUCUCAGAGCGUUCCCUAUACCGCAUCCUGCUGCUCCGAUGCUCAGCUCAAUUUAUCAUGACUCGGCACCUGGGGUUUCAAAUGCAGGCAUCAUUCAUCAAGCUCGUCAGCAGCUCCCGGUCCACUUACGAGGUCAUGGGGUCAAAUCGACUCUGGCCGCAAACUAUGCCCCACCAGGCCCACCUAUCACAACUCAUGACGUAGUACGAGAGAGAAACAACUUGCCAAUCACAACUCCUGAAUCUGUUGAAAGGAAUAUUCAAACUCUUACAACUCCUGAUCAGAGUGCGAAGAACAAUCCAUCUCAUCCGCAAGGUCAACCAUCUACCAUAACAACUUCAGCAAAGCAGAUGCAAGCGAUCAAGCAACGAGAGUCUGCCCCUUCCUCCUCCCAUCACACAACUCCUACCCCUUCAUCAACGGCCACCACUAUUCCGAUUCCAAAUCCCUCGAGAGUGGGGUCGCAGCUGUUUGCCGCCCUCAACCUCAAGAAGACCAAGCCCGUAUUGGAGCUUCCGCAGAAUCUUGCCUUUAAAACCUCUGCGGAAGGUAAGGUUGAGGGCGUCCUUGCCAAGGAGGGGAUCAUGAAGGGGGUGGAGUUUGGACCGUACGCAGGAACGCUGUUGAAUGAGGAGGAGGGAUGGUCAUGGGAUACCACCUGGGAGGUGUGUCUCUCAGAUUUCAAUUCAUUCCUGUACAUCGAUGGCCAGAAAACGUGGAUGCCUAAAGUAAAAUGCGCCCGUAAUGAGGAGGAACAAAACAUGGAGUCCUUCCAGUGCUACGGUAAAAUCUACUUCAGGAGCACAAAGGUCAUUGAACCAGGAUGUGAACUGCGAGUAUUCUACAGCGAAGAAUACGCAAAGCAUGUUGGGAUUGAGACAAGAUUGAAGGACCUGAAAUUCAAUAAAGAUGCUCAGAAGUUCCAGUGCAGUCAUUGUGAGGGCAUGUUCACAUCUCCCAAACUAAUCCUGAGGCAUAUCAGGUGUGAACACAGCAACAGCGAACCAUGUGAGAUGAUCCCUGUGCUUUCAUGGAAACGGAAAGGAAAGAAGAAAGGAAAAGAGAAAAUUCCCAUGGCUGUUAAAGCAAAUUUGGCAGUUAAAACUAAUGUGACUGCUAAAGUGAACUUCAACCACAAAGUGCCCAAGAAGAGGGAGGCUAGCGAAGAGGAGGAAGAGUCGAAGUUUAAGUGCGAUACAUGUGGCAAGGCUUUCCCAUCCUUGGGAAGGUUGAAAGAACACGAGUUGUUUCAUGAGAUGAUGAAUGGGGAUAAGCCUUAUGAGUGCAGCGAGUGCAGUCAAAGGUACACUGCACAGAGCUCCCUUAACAGGCACGAAAGGGAAGCCCAUGGUUUUCUAAAUGAUUACAAACCCAGGAACCGACAAAAGAAAUCAAAACCUAAGAAAGGACCAAAGAAACCACUCCACUGCCAAUACUGUGGCCAAGGAUACAAAUCACGCGGCGCCCUCGCUAACCACGAGCGGAAGAUCCACGGCUCUCGACAACAGUUCCGGGAACCUGAACCCGCAACCGACGAGCCACAGGAUAUGCUUGGUAGACCGUCCGAUUACUACCAGCGACCUUACAAGUGUCGCUUCUGUCCAAAGAGAUACACUUCCUGGACAACGGUUGAACAGCAUGAGAAAGAAGUCCACACGGGAGAGGGCACCUUUAAGUGCAGCCAUUGUCCAAAGAUUUGCGCCAGCGAGAGCCGUCUGAAAGAACACCUUGUUGUCCAUAACUACAUGCACAUGCACCGCUGCACGCUCUGUCCACGAAGCUUUGCUUCCGAAAGUGCUCUGAAAAAUCAUCAAGGAGAGCAUACAGGACUGAAGCCGUUCAAGUGUGAAAUCUGCGGCCGGGGGUUCAGAACUCGAAAGCUGACUCUGAAGCACAAGCAGCGCAUGCACCAGGAACGGCCGAAGCGCUUCAUGUGCUCCAUCUGCAACAAGGGGUUCGCGGAGAAAUGCAAUCUGAAGGUUCACGAGCGACGACACAAAGGGAUCAGGCAGUUUGUAUGCCUGGAAUGCGGUAAAGGGUUCACAGCUAGGUUUUCACUGACGGCGCAUAUGCAAGCAAUGCACAUCAAGGAAAGACCGUUUACUUGUGAGGUCUGUGGGAAAUCCUUUGCUUUGAAUCACCAUUACAAUCACCAUAUGGCCAAACAUAGGCUGCAGGGGGAUGAUAGCAUACCACAAGAAAUGCAUACUUAAUAACAAAGAGCAGUGAGUAUUCUGGGAAAAGUGGGCAGGUUGUUUCACUAAAUGAAUGCUGAAAUUUUAAAGAAAUAUGAGGUUAGUUCUGUCUCUCGCCUUGCAUUCAGAGGGUUGCUUGUUUGAAUCCCACCAUGGCCCAGUGUAUACACACUUUGCUACUUUCGCCCAGGUGCUAAUUGGGUACCAGUAGGAAACAACCGUCAUUGUGGUUGGUUUAGCAAGUGUGCACCUAACAGGCUGCUAAAAAAGCUUUGAAUCCAGUGACCAGGUAAAAAUAAUUGUGAAGCGCUUUGAGCAGUCCUACAUUGAUAUCAUGCUAUAUAUAAGCCAAUUAUUAUUAGGCAUCAAGUGUAAUUCAUAGGGCUUACAUGAAGCUUCAUUGAAUAGUGAUUAAUGAUUGAAUUGUGUAUUUACAUGGCACAUGUACUACUUGUCACCUCUGAUAAAAUAGAGAAAUAUAUUAGUUGGGUAGAUAUGAUAAAAAUUAUUGCUCAUAAUACAUAACUUGCUUGUAUUUAUUUAAAAACACGAUGUUUUUUGCCUCAUAUAAAUGUAUUACUUACAUUUGUGAUGCAAUUUUAGCUUUUAUGACCUUAAAUGACCUUUAACUGUCAUAUUUGUAAUUUAAAUGCCAAGUGAUCCAUAUAUUUGCAUUUGAUUUGUCAUUAAUUAGCUUUAAUUUGAUACCAAACAUGACGUGUUUAUUUCGUAAAAUCUGAAAGUCAUUUAAGAGGUAUGUGAAAAAGUGGGCGAGGCCUAUGACGUCAAUUAAAAAAAAUGCCCAAGGGUGCCUAAGUGGCACCCGUUGGAUUCUUGAAGUAUACACCCUUUACUACAACUUUUAUUUAAAAAAAUUGCAUACCCCACUUGACGGUCAUGUUGUUGUUCUACUUGACUAUAUGGGCCAUUAUGUAAAAUAAACAGUGCUUUACGUAAUAUUUGUAUUAAACCCUUUCUGCCUUGGAUAGAUAAAAACCUGAAACAUGCCAUCAAUAACUCUAGAUUCCUUGGUUUUGGUGAGAAGAUAUCAGAAGAAAUCACCUCAUGUUCAUAUAUUUUGUCUAAUUCUGACAUUCAUUCGUACUUCUAUAUUGUAUUUAACAAGUUAUUGAAAAGGAAACUCAACUCAUAAAGCAAUAUCAUUAAAAUAUUUGGGCUGUCUGCUACAUGAGGAAAAAUGACAAAACGUGUAUUCUAUUUCAUGUUGAAAUGCAAUUUAUUUGAUAACUUAAACCGUUUGAGGAAGUGGUAGGGAUUAAUUGUACAUAAAAUGAUAUGUAAAUAAGUAAAUGAUGGAUAAUCAUUUUGAAUAAUGAAUAUUCUACGUCUAUACAUAUAUAUGUACAAUUUUCAUCAACAUGAAACUUACACCCCGCGUGCUCCUCAUACAUAUCAUUCAUAGUGACUCAGACUGGCUUGUGUGAUAGUUUUCACUUAACAAUAUCUUGCCUGUAUUUAAGAAUAUUUUUUUUAUAUAUAGAGAGAGAAAUCAAUGGAAUUUUGUUGAUCCAAUUUAUAGUAUAUUAUUUGAAUUCAAUUUGAAUUUAUUUAUGUAAAAACAAGGGGAUAAUAAUUGCUAUACCAAUUUUCUUAAGGAACAAGUCCACCCUAACAGAAAGUUGAUUUGAAAUUUUUGAAAUAUUCUAAUUUUCUCCCUGUUGUCCUGUA